CUCUGCGUGCUGAGUGGUUUAUGGAUCUUGGUGUGUGGGGUGAAGCUGCAGCUGGAGCGCGAGAGCAGCAGAGGCGGAGUUUUGGGGUCAAAGUUUUGGAGGAAACGGGGGCUGGUCUGGGUUUGUGAAGGACCGACAACUUUUACGGUGCUAAAAAUCUCAGUUUAUCGCGGCAAAUCCACCAACUUUAACUCCGCGUGAAGAGUUUUUGUGGCUGUGGUGAGCGACCCAGGCACAAUGCCCCGUCGUUUUCUGAGGUUUUUCACCGCGGUGGGGGACAAUCACCACAGCAUCUCCCAGUGGGACCAUGAAGAGCUGCACACGAACAGCGAGGAGCUGGAGCCAGCAAAGCAGACCCACCCCUCUGCGCUGACCUUCAGAGACUCCAUGAAGAGGCUCUUCAGCUCCGAGAGGUUUCAGAUAGCUGUUGUGUGCCUGGUGGUUUUGGAUGCCAUAUUUGUACUAUGUGAGCUGCUGAUCGACCUCUCCAUAAUCAAAGCAGACCAGCACCGGAUCGCCCCACAGGUCUUUCACUACCUCAGCUUGGCCCUCCUGACCUUCUUCAUGGUGGAGUUGAGCUUGAAGCUGUAUGCAUACCGGAUGGAGUUUUUCAAGCACAAAUUUGAGGUGUUUGAUGGGGUUGUGGUGGUGGUGUCCUUCGUCCUGGACAUUGUUUACAUCUCCAGAGAGGACGCCUUUGAUGGAAUGGGCCUUCUGAUUCUGCUCAGGCUAUGGAGGGUGGCCAGGAUCAUUAACGGUAUACUGGUGACGGUGGAAAACCGAGCUCAUCACAAAGUGCAGAAAGUGCAAGAGAGCAAUGAUCGGCUCGUCCAGCAAGUCAACGAGCUCCAGGAACAGAAAGCCAGAAUGGAGCAGGAGCUCAACAGGCUGCGAGCACUUUUAAAGCAGCACAACAUCGAGCACUAGCACUGUGUUCAUCCUGCAAAUUUACUCACACCAGCAAACCCACACUGUACAAAAAGCUAGUCACAUCUGCACUCUUCAUUGUGAAUGGAGCCAGUAAAAGCAAAUACGACACGUGUCUGAUUAAAUCCUAGGUCAGGGAUCCCCAGCUACUGUCCCAGUCAAAUUUUAGGUCAGAAUUUUCUAUAGCAAUCCAGAAGGGCCAUGAAGGGCAACAAAGAGGGUAUAAUUGGUUAUAGAGUUGAAUAAGUAGAGUAUGGAACCAAAUGUUAUAGCGAGUAAGUACAAUACCUAUUUAGAUGUUAUAGUGAAUCACUAGAGUACUGGUGUCCAUGUAGUGAAUCAAUCCAGUAUGGAUUCAGGUGUUAAAGUGAAUAAGUACAGUAAUGAAUCAGGUGUUAAUGGGUGUGAAUCAGUAAUGAGUCAGGUUUUGUAGUAAAACAGUACAGCACAAAAUGAGGCAGUAUAGUCAGUUUUUUUUACUGAAUCAGGUGUUGUAGUGAAUCAGUACAGUACUGAAACACGUAGUGAAUCAUUACAAUACUGUAUGAGGUUAUAGUGAAUCAGUGCAGUAUGGAAUCUGGGGAUGUAGAGAAACAGUACAGUACAAAAUAAGGUAGUUUAGUGUACCAGUACAGUAGUAAAUCAGGUGUUAUAGUGUAUCUGUACAGUACAAAAUAAGGUUGUAUAGUGAAUCAGUACAGUACUGAAUCAGGUGUUAUAGUGUAUCAGUACAGUAAGUAAUCAGGUGUUGAAGUGUUUCAGUACAGUACUAAAUCAAGUGUUGUAAUGAAUCAGUACAGUACUGAAUCAGGUGUUGUAGUGAAUCAGUACAGCACUGAAUCAGGUCAUAAAGUGAAUCAGUCUUGUGCUGAGUAAGCUGUAAGCUAUACUGAAACUGGUUAUAGAUUAACAAGAUAAUGAAGGCAUGCUGAGAAUUUUUAUAAAGGGAAAAACUGACAGGUCUACAUGCUUAUAACCAACUCUUUUUUACUCAAAGCCUUUGCACUGUCCAUUUGCACAAGUAUGUGCACUAAAAUUUUUCUGUGAACUUGUAAACAUUUCUCUGGCUUGCUGUAAGAAAUAUGCUUUGAUGUAUAAUUUGUAUACUUUACAUAAUGAUUUGCAAAGGAAUUAAAUGUAUUCUUUGUUAUACCUGAAAACAGUAUGUAUAAAAAAUAAAGAAAAUGGGCAAAACUGUGUGAGCAU